AUGUGUGCGCCGGCCGAGGCAUGUUUGGACAGGGAAAAGGACAGAGAAGGUCCUGAUCCAUCCGCAGAGGUGUGGGGGGCAGAAGAGCGCAGAGUCACCUCCUUAGGUAAAGAGGCACCCGAAGACCCCUGCCUAGAACAACCCCCCGAGGGUAGAGGAGCCCCAACAAAAGAAGGAAUGAAGAAAUUCAUUUUAGGCACAGAAGGGCGGGGGACAGAGGCGUUGAAGGCAAACUCGUCGCCAGGCAUCGAUGGUUGCACCGCUGGUGCUUUUGUGCUUUUCAAGAGGUUGGCUUUGGUGCUUCCUUCUCUUAUUCAGUCAAAUCAAGGUGCUUUUGUUCGUGGUAGGUCUAUUGCUCAUAAUAUCAUGAUUCUUCAAGAUCUUAUUAAGAAUUAUGGUAGAGCGAUAACUUCCCCCCGCUGUGCUAUGCAGAUAGACAUAAGCAAGGCGUACGAUACUGUUGAUUGGUUGUUUUUGGAAAACCUCUUGAAGUCGUUUUGUUUUCCUAUGAAGUUUAUAGGUUGGGUGAUGAACUGUAUCAGAAAUACCAAUUAUUUCUUGCUGUUAAAUGGCCGGGUUCAGGGCAGUUUUAUGGGGAAAAGAGGUUUACGUCAAGGGGAUUCUAUGUCACCGCUCCUUUUUGUGAUCAUUAUGGAAUAUUUGACUAGAAGCAUUCAAUGGGCAUCCAGGUCUCCUCAUUUCCGGUUUCACCCGAUGUGUAAGAGCAUAAAUUUGAUUAACUUGUGUUUUGCUGAUGACAUAAUUCUUUUUUGCAAAGGCACCAUUGGGGAUGUUAAUGUUCUUAAGGAUGCUCUUGGGUUGUUUAGUGAGGCUUCUGGUUUACUAAUAAAUUCCAUGAAGUCUAUGGUCUAUUUUGGAGGAGUUCCUGUAGAGGAUAAAAGAGAGAUUUGUCAGCUUUUGACCCUCUCUGAAGGGUUCUUUCCUCUUCAUUAUCUUGGGGUUCCUCUAAGGCCUACUAAAUGGAAGCACUCGGACUGUGAGGUCAUUGUUCAAAAAAUGAGAACUAAACUUUUCUCCUGGUCUAGCAAGCAUCUCUCUUAUGCUGGCCGGCUGCUUCUCAUCCACUCUGUUCUGUUUGGUUUGCGUAAUUUCUGGAUGAAUGUGUUUAUUCUUCCUCAAAGCAUUAUCAAGGAGGUCGACAAACUGUGUAGACAAUUCCUUUGGGGGGCUUCGGGGACUCGCAGUAAGCUACACUUUGCUUCAUGGCAGCAGGUUUGUCUCCCCAAGGCAUUUGGAAGUCUUGGUCUUAGAGAUGGGUCUAGAUGGAAUAGAGCUUUGCUGGCUAAGUAUGUUUGGGCAGUCACGAAUAAACAGGAUACAUUGUGGGUCAAAUGGAUUCAACAUGUUUAUUUGAAGGGGGCUGACUUUUGGAGCUAUGGGUUGAAGCCGGACACCAGCUGGUAUUGGCGAAAACUAUGCCAUUUGAGGAACAAAUUCAGCAAAGAAGAGGUGAUGGCAGCUGGUAUUUCUAGAAAGUUUAAACCUGCCUUGCUGUAUAACAGUAGUCUAAACCAGCAAUUGGUAGCCUAUAAAAGAGCUAUUUGGAGUCGUUCAAUUCUUCCUAAGCAUAGAUUUGUGCUAUGGAUGGUGGUCAAUUCAUUUCUGUUAACCAGAGAUAAUCUUACUAAAGCUAAUUUGCAGAUAUCUAGCUUGUUGUGUCCGGUCUGUGAUGAGCAUUUGGAGAGCCAUCAGCAUCUUUUUUUCGAUUGCUCUUAUCCUUGA